AGAUUAGCCAGCAAAGCAACAACGGCAACGCCUAGCUAGCUAGCAUUAGCAAUGGCAGACGAGGUAGUAGCGCGAGAAAUGGAGGAGGAGCCGUGGGUGAAGCUUAUCCAGGAGUCCCUUACCGUGAAGGACGAGGAAGAAGACGUAGACAUCCACGUUUCCGUGUUCGACGUGCCCAGGCAGCUGCAGGUGCACAAGCCCGAGGCCUACUGCCCCCAGUUCAUCGGCCUCGGGCCCUACCACCACCGGCACCCCGAGCUCUACAGCAUGGAGCGGUACAAGAUCGACGCGGCCCGCCGCGCGCUCAGGCGCCUCUUCCGCGCAGCAGCUGCGCCCAGCGUCGACGUCCUCGAGGAGCUCGUCAACGAGCUCGAGCGCCACGACCUCACGGUCCGCGCCCAUUACCACCGCUACCUCGAGCUGAGCAAGAAGGCGCUCUCGCUGAUGAUGAUCAUGGACGGCGCCUUCCUGCUCGAGUUCCUCACCAUCCACCACCACCACGCUGUUGCCGAGGGUGAGGAGGGGGGCUCUUCGAUUUGGACCAAGAGGAUGGCGCACCUCGUGGACUUGGGCGGGAGCGGGACCGGGAGGAAGUCCGCGCACGGCCUCAUUCUCCGCGACAUGCUCAUGCUCGAGAACCAGAUCCCGCUCUUCGUCCUCACCAUGAUCAAGGCCAAGUGCUCGUCGGUAUCAGUCGACGAGGCAAGCAGGCGGCUCACUCUCAUGGUAGCAGGCCUCAUGAAGGAGCUUUGCCCGUUUAAGAUGGAGGGCAACUUCCCCGAGACCUCAUGCGACGUCACCAAGCACGCACACUUGCUUGAGCUGCUCUACCAACUGGUGGUGCCGGCGGUGCCCACGCCCACCGACACUACUGAGAACGCACACACCACCCCGCCGUUUUCCGGCCACAUCGUGGAGAUGCCGGAACAGGAAAGCCAGGAGGAGAAACCUUCCGCCUGCACCGGCAACGAGCACGCGAUGAUGCAACUGUUCGAGUUCAUCGCGUUGAAGCUCAAGGGUGGUCGCCUUGGCAAGGUGAUGAAGCCGAUCGAGCUUGUGGUCAAGGCGCCGUGGAACAAGCUUGCCGGUAUACCCGGUAUGAAUGUCGAGUCCUUCAUGCACGCCGACGCCAACCAGCAGGAGAUCACGAUCCCAUCGGUGUCGGAGCUGGUUAGCUCCGGUGUUAAGUUUGUGCCGACCUACGGCGACCUGUCUACUGCGUCAACUAUCGCCUUCAACCGCAAGACAGCGACGCUCUACCUCCCCGCGGUGACCCUAGACGGCAACACGGAAGUGGUGCUCCGAAACCUGGUCGCCUACGAGUCAUCCGCCGCGUCAGGCCCGCUGGUGCUCACGCGGUACACGGAGCUCAUGAACGGCAUCAUCGACACCGACGACGACGUGGCGCUGCUCCGCAAGCGGCACGUCGUGCUCAACCACAUGAAGAAGAGGGACGGCGAGGCGGCCAAGCUGUGGAACGGCAUGAGCCGGUCGGUGCAGCACUGCAGGGUGCCAACCUUGGACAAGGUGAUCGAGGAGGUGAACCGCUACUACGACGGUCGGUGGAGUGUCAAGACGAAGCGGUUCAUGCGCAAGUACGUUCUCAGCUCAUGGAAGAUGCUCACCUUUCUCGCCACCAUCAGCAUGCUGCUGCUCACCACGGUGCAGGCCUUCUGCUCCGUCUACACAUGCUCCCGAUGGUGGUUCGGUGACCUGGUCGCCGUCGUGCCGUCGGAGUCGGAGUAGAUCGAUACACGCGUGCGUUUCUUGAUCACGCGAAGUACGUGACAUGAUGCUCAAGCUUUUGGUUUGUCUGCAUCUACGGUUUUCGGUUUUGCGAUAGGUAGCGAGACCACGGGCCACCUCUCCCUCCAUCCGGCACUUCAGCGAGAGGAGGGGACGAGAACCCUAAUGCUUCCCGCCGGUAGGAAUAGGCUUAGGGUUUGGUCUCUGGUCGUUGAAGACGACACAAUGACGUCGCCGUCGACAUGGAAUAAGUCCUCCCCACCUCAUCCUCGUUCUGGAGGUGCUUCAUGUUGUUGCCGGGAGGUGUGUGGAGGGCGAUGUGUUGCCAGAUCUGGUUGCUGGUGUCUGGCUUUCGUGUGCAUGUAUGUCUCGCUAGCGUUGUCCCUCGGAGUGGAUGGCGUGAUUGUGCAUCUUGCUCCUCCGGCUCCAGUUUCGAUUGAAGAAGGUUGGCUAGCCUUGGCUUCAUCGAGGAGCUUUUGAGGUUUAUAUCCCCCAGCUCCAUCUGCCUGGAUCUGGGAUGUUCUUCCUCGUUCCGGCGGUGCUUCAUGUUGUUGCCGGGAGGUGUGUGGAGGGUGAUGUGUUCCCAAAUCUGGUUGCCGGUGUCUAGUUUUUCGUUUUUCGUGUGCAUGUUUGUCUCGCUAGCGUUGUCCCCCGGAGCGGAUGGCGUGAUUGCGCAUCUUGCUUCUCCAGUUUCAAUUGAAGAAGGUUGGCUAGCCUCAGUUUGAGGUUUGUAUCC